AUGUCACCUCCACAUUCGGGCUCUGGCCCUUUGAGCGGUGCAAUCCUCCUCAUCAACAAGACCAGGAUACUACUAUUUGUUUCUCUUGCAGUGACAUGGGCGAUUGCGAGUCUCCUUCCAGCUUACAAACAGACCGUCACCGACUACGCGAAGAGCAAGGUCAAUAAUGCCAUCCAGCACUUGCCGGCAGUGAAGGUCGACUGGCACCCGCAAUACAACCCGAAAGCCCAAUUCAACGCCUCGAAACUCGCCCUCCUCAUUGAAGGCCGCCCCCUCCCCCAUCUCGUGCCACAAUUGCUCCAUAUGAUGUCAAUUGUGCCGCCAGAAUGGAGAUUCAUGUUUAUUGGGACGAAUGCGAGUGUUGUCAGCGUCUCUCGCAGCUUUGCGGCGCAGUACCACGAGGCAAACGGCAAGCUGGAUCUGGUGGUUCUGCCGGAGCCAUGGUCGGCUGAGUCAAAGGAGGAUGUCUAUCGCAUGCUUACGGACGUCCGGUUCUACGACGAGUUCCUGCCUGACGUGGAAUGGUUGUUGAAGUUCGAAUCAGACAGCAUUAUGUGCUCCCGGUCUGACGAUAGCAUCAAUGACUGGCUACACUUUAGCUGGGCUGGCGCCCCAAGAAUACCCGGGGACAGAUUUGCAGGCAAUGGGGGACUAUCACUCCGUCGGAUAUCUAUUAUCAAAAAGAUAUUAGGGUUUCAAUCAAGAUACAAUGACACAGAGCCAGAAGACGAAUGGUUUGGCAAGCGGAUCACGGUACUUCCAGGAGCAAAAGUUGCCAGUGGUGAUCAAGAAGAUCAUUUCUCCGUUGAGGACAUAUGGCACGAAAAGCCCAUGGGGUUUCAUGUCCGAGAGGGUGGAAACAAUCUUCCUGAGGAUGUAUGGAAGUCAUAUGAACGGAGGAAAAGCAACUUUAAGUACUGCCCUGAACUGGUCAUGAUCAUGCCGAUGAAGCUUGAGCGGGAGCGUUGUGCUGGUGACAACAAGGAGGGUGCCAUCGUCGGAGCAGGGCACCGAGGCGGUCCGAAAUGA